AUGGCUGGGCCCGCCGCGGACGCGGAUGGGCCUGUCGAUGCUGCUGGUGACGACGACGCGUGGGCGUUCGACAGCGUUACUGAGAUCGGCAGCGGCAGCGAGGAUGGCGGGUCUUUGUCGGGCUCGGACUCGGAGUGGGUUGGUGUCUGA